GACCCAUCAACCUUUGUUCUGUGUUACAUAAGAUUUUGUCAAAGACUAUUGCUAACAGACUGAAAGAAGUUUUGGAUGAUCUUAUAUGUGAAGUACAUAGUGCAUUUUUCCCUGGAAGAUCAAUUACGGAUAAUGUGAUUGCUGCGUUUGAAUGCUUCUCUACCAUGAAGAACAUGAAUAAAGGUGAAAGAGGCUUCAUUGCACUCAAACUCGAUAUGGCUAAGGCCUAUGACCGAGUUCAGUGGGUCUUUCUUGAAAGAGUCAUGGCUAGACUUGGUUUUGAUGAUAGGUGGAUUAAGCUUAUUAUGAAUUGUGUCUCAUCUGUGUCUUAUGCAGUUUUGGUUAAUGGACACAAGUCCAGAUUUUUCAAUCCUGGUAGGGGUCUGAGAGAAGGAGACCCGUUCUCCCCAUAUUUGUUCCUUUUGUAUGCAGAAGGUCUCUCAGCUUUGAUCAACAAAAAUGGAAAAGAGAAGAAGAUUCAUGGGCUAAAAAUCUGUAACAGGGCACCAGUGGUCUCACACCUCCUGUUUGCUGAUGAUUGCAUCAUCUUCGCUAGAGCAAGUCUGGAAGAAGCAGAGAAACUGAAAGAGAUUCUAAUGGAUUACGAGAAAGAGUCAGGGCAAAUGGUGAAUUUGGACAAGUCAUAAGUCUUCUCCAGUGAGAACAUUGCGGACAGCAGAAGACAAGAAUCUGCAGAGAGCUGAAUAUAAAGGAAGUGGAUAAGCUGGCAAAGUAUUUGGGGCUCCCCACCAUGAUUGGCAAAUCCAAGAAAUUGGUUUUCAGCACUCUAAGGGACAAAGUGAGGAACAAGCUGAUGAACUGGAAAACAGAUUCUUUUCAGAAGCCGGGAAUUAUUGAGGAUAUACACAACCUUAUUGCCAACUUCUGGUGGGGACAAAAAGGAAAUGAAAAAAGAAUUCACUG